UUUGUUCACGUCACUUUUGCUGUGUCGGUCAGUCAGUGUAAUAGCCUUUCGUAGUAAAAUAUUGUUUUAAUUUUUAUUGUUAUAAGUGUAGCAGGCAGGUGCUGAUUAGCUAAAUCUUGGUUCUGAACAGUGAAAGUGUAUGUAAAAUAAUUUUCAUUGAUAUCUGUGCUGUUGACCAGGUAUUUUAUAGCAAUUCAAGAUGGAGGCACUCUCAAACGUCCUACAGCCCUACAAGGAGAUCGUUGGCAUAAUUGCAGCCGUGGUCACCGUGGGACAGAUGUUCUCUGGUUCUUUCUUGUGCUGGGACAUCUACAAGCAGGGAGACACUAAGGGCGUGCCGCUUAUGCCCUUCUCCGGCGGUCUAGUCAUGGGAGUACUGAACUUGCAAUAUGGCGCCAUUCUACGCGACGAUACGAUGAUCCGAGUCAACUUCUUUGGUAUAGCGCUGAGUAUUGUCUACUUGUCUGUCUAUUUCUGCUACACGAAAGAAAAGGUUAAAGCGUGGUUCGAGCUCGGUCUAUGGGGCGCCUUCACCGCUGCAAUAAUCAGCUACGCACAAAUGGCAGAUCCCGCCGUAGUCGAGAACCACCUUGGAACAAUCCUGACUGCUUUCAUGUUCUAUCUGAUCGCGUCACCGCUUUUCGGACUGAAAGAUAUCAUCGCCAAACAGAGCACAGAGGGACUACCUUUCCCUAUGAUCCUCUCUGGUACCGUGGUCACAUUCAUGUGGUUGCUAUACGGCAUCAUUCUCAAGAACAGCUUCCUCGUCCUCCAAAACUCUGUCGCGUUCGUACUGUGCUCAGCACAGCUGUCCCUCUUCGUGAUCUACCCUAAGAAGCCCGAAGCGGCUGCCAAGGCCAAGGCGAAGAAAGCCGACUAAAACUAGUAAAUUUUAUUAGGUUUGUAUUAUGUUAAGCGAAAAUACACCGUAUUUUAAUAGCUGCUUAGUGGAAAGCGCAACCAUCGGUGUGAAAUAACACUUAGGAAACUUAAGUAGAACACAUCAAGCCAAAAUACACCUUACUUAUAUACCUUCUUAGUUGAAAGUGCAACAAUCGGUGUAAGAUUACACUAAGGAAACUUGAAUAGAACAUGUCAAGCAGAAAUACACUUUAAAUCAAUAGCUUCUUUGUUGAAAAUGCAAGAAAUGGGUUUGAAUUUUGACUAAGCAAACUAAAUACCGCAUUAGGCGUGGCUAAUAUUAGCAUGAUGAAUGCAAAAGGCAUGUGGAAAUGUAAUUAACAUUGUAAAUUCGUAGUACUUAUAGACAGUAAGUUUUUGUAACUUUAACACGCUAAAGUAGCCAUGCCUAUUGUCUAAAGCCUUAACUAGAUUUGUAAGAGUAGCUAUGAGUUCAGGCAGCAUUUUUAGUUGUAUUUUAAAUGAUAAAGUUUUAUAACAAUAUUUCAUGCAAUAAUGCAUUUCAAUUUUAGCUUAAAACAAUUGGGUUUUAACAAAUCUAGGAGGUUUAUAUAGUUUUGGAAGAAUGUUACAGAUAAAUAUUUUUUUUCUAUAGUUUUGUGUAUGUACAUAUAAUCAAUUGAAAACUACAUUUUUUAUCUGAAAUCCUUACAUUCAAUACAAUAAUCAUAAUCAAUAUUUUUAUCGUUGUACUAGGAAACUGUACAUACGUUACAAAAGAUAUUUACUACCUGUAUGAAUAUAAAGUAUACAAUAUUUAUAUUCGGACUUCAUUUACGAUAUUUUACAAAUUUUUUAUAUUCACAAUCAGUUCAAACUUACAAUUCUGAUUGUGUUGUUUUUACAAUACACAUAAAUUUAUUUUUUAACUCUGUCUUCAUCAUUUACCUAUUUAUUAGCCUAUUGUCUCCCAAUGCUGGGAAAAGGUCUCCCUCUCUUCCACGCAUCUCGGUCUAUGGCAAUAUUAGGCCAAUCUUUCCGAAAGGGGAUCCCUUUGUUUGACAUAAUUAUUGAAAGUCAUAAUGUAAUGAUAGUCAUAUUAUCAUUAGUCAUAACUCUGAAACCGUUAACUUUUCAGGAAUUUCCUUAGAUUAUCCUAUAGAUAGGUUAGGUUAGGUUAGGUUUGUUUUAUGGCAAUCCUGAAAAGUUACGCGUUUCUGAGAAAAACCAAAUUAUGACUAACGAAAAUGCGGACAAACAAUACAUUAUGACUUAAAACUUUAUGGGAAACAAUAGAGACCCUUCCGAAAGAUGUCAAGGUCGUGCCGCCAUCCCCUUCGAGAUCUGCCGUGAUCAGCGCUUCAAAAAUCAUCACAUCUGAUGAGAAGAAAUACCGUAAGCUAUACCUGUUAGAAAUAAAACAAACUAUAUGUGAAACUGUCACUCGGAGAUCUACGAGCACUCGAGUUUGCGACUCGUAAAUAUAUAAUUAAAAUGUAGUAUUUCCCGUUUCAAAUAUUUUAAAGUUGGGACCGACUUUUAUCAUCGUUUUAUUUAAGUAUGUACUCGUAAGAGAGCAACUGUUGGACUUAUUUCUUGGUGCAGUAAUAAAUACUGGCAUUUUUCAUAUUAUUUUUCCGGAUUUAUUUUCUGUGAUGUUUGUUUUUAAUUAUAGAUAUUUCGAUCCCUUGUAAUGAGAAGAAGCGUUUCUGGUUCACUUUUGCAAUCACGUCUUCAAUUUUUAUCUUCCUUCGUUCGUUAUUACUACAGUGGUACAUAUUGUUUGACUGUGAUAUAUUAUUUUUCGUGCUGUAAGCAAGAAACAUUCUUUUGAUAGAGACGCUUUAGAUAUUUAAUCAUGGUAUCUAAUGAAAAGAAAUACCGUAAUCUACACCAGUUAGAAAUAAAACAAAAUUAAAUGUGAUCCUGUCACUAGGAGCGAUCCACGAGCACUCGAGUUUGCAACUCGUAAAUAUAUUUUUCUAAAUAAAAUAAUGGUAUCUGAUGAAAAGAAAUACCGUAAGCUAUACCAGUUUGAAUUAAAACAAACUAAAUGUGAUCCUGUCACUAGGAGAGACCCACGAGCGCUCGAGUUUGCAACUCGUAAAUAUAUUUUUCUAAAUAAAAUAAUGGUAUCUGAUGAAAAGAAAUACCGUCAAGCUAUACCAGUUUGAAUUAAAACAAACUAAAUGUGAUCCUGUCACUAGGAGACCUCCACGAGUCCUCGAGUUUGCGACUCUUAAAUAUAUCAUUAAAAUGGAGUAUUUCCCAUAUUUGUAAUUUAUUUUUUAUAGGUUGUGACCGGCUGUUAUUUUUUCAUUUUUUGUACGACGUUUGUUAAAGAUCAUAAAAGUGGGUUGAGUGCUGAUGCUUAGGUCCACUACGAUAGUGUAAUAAAUAGUGAAGGCUUAGGAUGUAUAUCUCGUAUAAUCUGAACAUGUUUUUGUUCAUAUUUCCAUUGCAAAACACCUCAUACUCCUCGUUUAUCGGUACAAAGUAUAUUUAUACUAUACUGUUAUUAAGGUAUGUACCCUUCCCGAAAUAUCUUUGGCAUAAAAAAAGUUGUAUUUAAUUUACGAGUAUAAUGCCAAUUUUUUGCCUCCCUUUGAUAAUUUCGUUUCAUUCGCCUUUUCUUGAGCAAUUUCUACAAGCAGCAAACCACGGCUUUCGCUGCUUUAUUUUUUGUACUGACAAUAACUCAUUUGACCAUUCGUAGACCUUGUUAAGUUCCAAUAAGGUGCACGAUUCAAAAAAAAUGUUACGAUGACGUAGAACAAAUUAUUACCAUGUUCAAAAUUGUUUAGAGUUCUUCCUUUCCUAAUAUAUUAAGUAUUGUUGUAUGGCAAAGAUUCCUCUAUGAGAGUAUAUUUUGAGAGAGCUUUAGUUGGUACGGUUGUGAAUGAGAUAUCUAACAGGAUAGGUUCAUAUAAAGGUGCUUUAAGAUGGCAAAAUUUAGAUUAAUGUUCUGAAAAAAGACAUGUAAAAAGCAUUUACCAUGUAUGUCAUAACAGUUUGACGGUAAGAGUGUCUUAAAUAUGCUUAAUUGAGCCAUGUUUAAAGCUGUCUUUACUAUUUUGUAAGUAGCUUGUAAGCAAACAUUCCGUUAUGUAUUUUGUAAGAACAAAUCAGAUUUGUACAAUAUUUUGGCGCAUUUGACUACUUACAUCGUUAGUUUAGCGUUGAAUUUAAAUUAAACAUUGUAUAUUUUCAUAGCGGUGUAUUAAAAUGUUAUUGUAUAUACAUAAUGUACCUAUUUUACAAAUUAGUAUCGUAGUAUGGUUUGUUAAACUGUAAACUUUUUUAAGUUGUUUAAAUCCCUUUUCCAAUCUGUGAUUUCGUUUCCUAUAGCCAUUGCUGUGACAAAUUAUGUUAUUUUUAGGGUUCCGUACCCAAAGGGUCAAACGGGACCCUAUUACUGAGACUUCGCUGUCCGUCCGUCCGUCCGUCUGUCUCCAGGCUGUAUCUCUUGAACCGUGAUAGCUAGACAGUUGAAAUUUUCAUAGAUGAUGUAUUUAUGUUGCCGCUAUAACAACAAAUACUAAAAACAGAAUAAAAUAAAUAUUUAAGGGGGGCUCCCAUACAACAAACAUAUUUUUUUGCCGUUUGUAUAAAUAAUGGUACGGAACCCUUCGUGCGCGAGUCCGACUCGCACUUGCCCGGUUUUUUUAUGUUAUACUUGUUGAGUGAAUCAAUAAAUUAUUAGUCUGAA